AUGGAUGUAACCAAUCCGGACAGUGAUGAAUGUCACCGUUCUCCACCCCUCUCCACCCCUUCCACCACUCUCCACCCCUCCCCAUCCCUAUCCACCGCUCUCCGCCCAUGCCUCUGCAGCUGGGUGGCAGUGGUUCCAGGGCCCACCAUGAAUGAUGGGCGCCAGACAUUCCGCCUCGCGCUCUACCCAUCCAUGGCUUUUGGAGCGUCCUAUUUCGACAUAGCACUGCACGUGUGCCGCAUUCACAUGACCAAGCUGGACUCCCCUUCUCUCUCUCCCCCACGCGCCUUUCUCUCUCUGCCUUCGCCCCCCGUCCUUCCCCGUCACUACCUCCUGCAGUUUGGCGCACCCUAUUUCGACAUAGCGCUGCAUGUGUGCCGCAUUCAUAUGACCAAGCUGGACUCUGCCAACCCUGUACUCAUUAUAGAGGACCCCGUUCAUGCGGAGAAGGGCAAGUGGAAGUUUGUGAGUGACAAGGAUUCACCCGACCCCUCCCAGAUAUUCCGCCUGCACGACGCCUGCCGGGGAACGCCACGGAUAUUCCGCCUUCAUGACGCGUGCCGGGGAAUGGCACGGGUGACUUCUUGCUUCCCUCUCUCCCCUCCCUACUCUCUCAGCUCGCAUCCUCUCUCUCCUCCCUCCUCUCUCUGCUUGCAUCCUCUCUCCCCUCCCUCCUCUCUCCACCCUCACUCCCUCUCGCCUCUCUCUCCUCUCUUUCCUCUCACUCCUCUUCCUAUCCCUCCAUCUCCUCUCAUUUCUCUGCUCUCUCAUUCUUCUCUCCUUUCUCACCCUUCUCUCCCCUGCCCUCCCAACAUUCUCUCCCCUUUCACUCUUCCCACACACGAGCACGUGGGCGUGCCCUUUCACCUAAUCCCUCACAUCGACGCUCGCACUCAGUCAGCCAAUCAGCAUCCGACACCUCAGCAUGUGGCAUCCUCUCCCCGCACCCAACAGUCACAUGCACCACCACCAGCAACCCAACUCCCUGCAUCUCGCUCUCACACUGCCCCCUCCUCCAUUCACCAUCCCCCACCACAGAUGCACCCCACCAAGUACCCCCAACCUCCUGCCGCUCCUGCUGCUUCCCCUUAUGCUGCUCCUACUGCUGCUGCUGCGGCUUAUGAUGCGUAUGCUGUGGCCUAUUACACACAGCAGCAGGCAUGGCAGCAGUAUCAGCAGCAGCAGCAACAGCAGCAGCUGGGGGGAUCAGGAGCAGCAGGAGUAGGAGGGGGGGCGUCAGGAUCACGGAGAGGGGGUCAGCAGAGCGGAGGGGAAUCCAGGGGCGUGGUGAACGUGCACGCGUGGCAGGAUGACGUGGACGAGGACACGUCGUUCCAGCUGGCGCUCUCUGAGUCGAUGCACACUGCCAGCACUGAAGGCUCUGCCCGAGCCGAUGCCCCUGGUGCAUCUAGUGCCGCCGCUGCCGCCCAGGGCAUGAGCAGAGGAGAGGAGGGAGCAGACGGCUUUAUUCUCACCCGUUCCUCCUCCGAGCCUCAGUCCAGAUCUGGUCGCUCCCUCUCCUCCUCUUCUUCUUACGCUGCUACUGCUGCUUCUGCUGCUGCGGCCACCGACCCAUUCACUGCGUCGCAUCGUUCUUCUAGGUCCGUUUCAGCCUUUGCUGACCGCCACCCCUUUGCCCCACCUGCUGCCCCUGACCGCUCUUCCUCUACUGCCACCAGCACUUCUUCUGGCAUUGCUGUUGGUCCUGCUUCUGGCCAUGCAGCCAGCUCAGCAGGUACGGCUGGCACUGCUGCGGCAGGGGUGGAAGGGGGUCGAAUGCGCCACGAGAUUGCGAAUCAGUUCUCCUCUGUAGCACCGGCUUUCAACCGAGCAGCAGCAGCCGUGCCAUCGCUCUUUGCUUCCGGCCCACCAAUCCACUCUUUCCUAAAUGUGGCGCCGGACAAAUCAAUCCUUCUGACUGCUGACAAUUUGAGCCGCGGCGAUGGCGCACAUCUGGGCGGAAUCACAGGCAGCGGUGAUGCUGGGGGAGAAAUAUCCGUUCCCGGCGGAGGUUCGGGCGUUCCCGGCGGGGAACAGGGGGAACCCGGUGGACGGCAGGGUGGUCCUAGCGGACAGCAGGAGGGCGGCGGCGGACAGCAGGGGGUCUUGGCGGAGAGCAGGGGGGUGUUGGAGGGAAUCAAGGAGGCGUUGACGGGGAUCAGGGGGGUGCUGGCGGGGAUCAGGGGGGUGGUGGCGGGGAGCAAGGGGGUGUUAAGGGAGACCAAGGGGUUGCUGGCGGGGAUCAGGUGGGUGCUGGCGAAGAUCAGGUGGGUGCUGGCGGGGAUCAGGUGGGUGCUGGCGGGGAUCAUGGGGGUGCUGGCGGGGAGCAAGGGGGAUCUGGCGGGAUUGCAACUCCUCAGAUUGUAG